AUGAUAUCUACCUCUGAAUCCAACAGUGCAAGCUCCAGCUCGACAUCCUCAAAACGAAAGUGCGAGGUCUUCGUCGACGUUCCAAUCUAUCCCAAUCCAGAUGUUGAGCCAGCACACCACAAAAAACGCAAAGGAAAAGAAAGAGCUCAAGACCUGUCCGACGGAGGAGUCGCUAUAGUCGUGUUUAACGCGUCAACGGCAUCUACGCCCUCGUCAAGCAGCACCUCCGCCGCCAACACAUGCGAUCACUGUGAGAUAGAACUCAAAACACGCUGGCGGGGCAGCAACGGAGAACUAUUCUGCGACGACUGCGGGCUGUUUCACGCCAAGCAUAACACCUUGCGACCACUUGUCAAUUGUGCCAGUUGUUCAGCAAAGACCAGUAAACUCUGGUGGGAGGUCGGCCUAGACCCACGGCGCAUUUACUGUAAUUCUUGCAAAGAAUUCUUGCUCUCUGCCCAGGCCUCAAAGCAUGCCGCCCAGCUUCGUCCUGAUGAUUUAGCAACUCGGACUCCCAUAACGCCUGGUCCCGUUUGUGUAGACUGUAAUGCGAAAGAGACGCGCUUUUGGUGGGGAUUAAAAGAUCAACAUGCGCGGUAUUGCGAAAUGUGUGCUAACAAAAAACUGAAACAGGGCGUUAAAGGUCUCAUUGCUUGUGUCCCAAACAAAGAUAUUCAUCCAGUUCAUUCACGGCCCAGCGCGUCGCCAGAGAAAUCCAAAGCUCGCCCUUUCAAUAACGCCCAUUCCCCGCGACCAGUCUCCCCAACGAAGCAUGAGUCGCCCAAGAAAACGACUCCAUCAGUAGCAUCAAGCACUUCUGUUCUUUCCCGCUCACUCUUGCUCGGCGAAUGGAGUCCACACAAACGUUCCCGCUCUGCUUUUCCAACUGAAUCAAGGUCAACGAAAGAUGCAUCCAUAGUGUCCACGAGCACAUCUGUGGAAACUUCGCAGCCAUCGAACGAGAAAGAGAAGGUAUCCUCCAGCGCGAAAACAAGUUCGAAGUCACUCAACCAGUUGCUCCAUAAACCAUCUCGGUCCCUCCUUCUUGCCUCGGCAAGGAAAAAUGCAUUGUCUUCAUUGGACCCGCCGAAAGUACCCAAUCCACUCCCUAUGCCAACAAUCUCGAGCGCGAAGGCCGUUUCAGUGCAACCUUCUGCUCCAAUAGCAGCUACCACUGAGAAUAGAACGGCGCACAAGAGUGAUAUAUUCGGAGUCUUCAAGCUACCAGAUCAGAUAAUGGUACCGAAAAUCAAGGCUCCGCGAAAGCCAUCGUACCCGCCCGUUGGCACUGGAAGCCAUACCUCGCUCAAAGCAAGGAUGGCGCCGAAAGGUGGCCGACGGCCAUCAGAUGCACGUGAGAUUAGAUCAAAUUCGGUGUUGUCGCCUUCCGUUGCUAGUGAAGGGGUGGUUGCGGCAUCUUCUCUAGGUGAUAGUCCGAUAGGUGAAACAUCGCCGAAAGCAAACGAAGGCUCCCUGGUUGCAGGAUCCAUUGAAGAUGUCGAGUCGGAAUCUGGAUCGCACCUCUCUGAAGAUUCGUCGACAGGAAGGACACCCCUUCAUCCGAAGCCAGCGGAAUCGGUAACUCCAAAAUUUAGGCUCAAAGCUUCAGGAACUGCAUCGUCUAAAUCUUUCUAUGCUUCAUCCUCCACCAAAUCCAAGUCAGCGCUGUCUAGUGUACCAAAUAAUGCGGGAAGAAGUCCCACGACCCCAACGCCUACGAAACCUAUUCGUGGUGGCUCACUUGCGCGGGAGCACAAAUUGACAAGUCUAAAAAGUCCGGGCACCCACUUUUCUACUUUACAAGAACCAACGGCGGAACAAAAGCCUAGGCUACGAUACGAGUGUGAUCACGAUCGUUGUGGGGUGUGUUAUGCGGGCGAGUCGGCGCUGGAUAUCCAUAAAAACCGAUUCGGGCAUUGA